AUGUUUUCCUCAGCCCCAGAUGUCUUGGAGCGUGGUGAAAAGGCAACUCUGCUCUCCCAGCUCCUGGUGGCAGCUCAGAGUUUGACAGGAGCUUCCUUUCGUGCCUCUCUCCCCAGGAAGUCCGUGAAGUCCCGGAGCCGCAGCCCUGGAUACUCAAGACACUCAUCUCACAGCAAAAAGCAGAGGUCUGGGUCCCGCAGCCGCCAUUCCAGCAUCUCCCCCACGAGGCUCCCGCUGAACUCCAGCCUGGGAGCAGAGCUCAGCAGGAAGAAGAAGGAGCGAGCGGCCGCGGCAGCAGCUGCGGCCAAGGUGGACGGGAAGGAGGCGAAGGGCUCCCCGGUGUUCCUGGCCAGGAAGGAGAACAGCCUGGCCGAGCUGAAGGAGGCCGGGCCGGAGUCUAAAAAGGCCACCAAAAUUGUUAAGCUGGAGAAGGCCCCGCCAGACCCAGAGUCAGUGAACUUACUGCACAGCAACGCCGAGCCCAAGGGCCCCGCGGAGCCGGCGAGGGCCCGGCCGGAGGAGAACGCGGAGCGCAAACAUCCCGCGCCGGCUCGGGACUCCAAACCCUCGGGAACAAAGGACUCGAAGCCCGGAGCGGCGGUGGAGGACCUGGUAUCUCCAAAGGAGACAGACACAGCGGAGAAGGAGAUCCCACCCCCCCUGCCCUCAAUCAAGUCCCCCCCUCCACCCCUGCCCACCACCACCCCUCCACCUCCGACUCCGCCGCUGCCGCCUUUGCCUCCGUCUCCCGCCGUCCCGCCUUUGCCUCCAGCCCAAGUGACUCCUGUCCAGGCCCCUCCUCCAGCCCCAACGUCUUUGCCAUCCUCCUCCCACCCAAGGACGUCUACUCUAUCCUCUCAGGUGAACUCCCAGUCCUCUGUGCAGGUGGCUACAAAAACCCAAGUGUCUGUGACGGCUGCUAUCCCACACCUGAAAACUUCCACCUUGCCUCCGCUUCCGCUGCCCCCUAUUUUAGUUGGGGAAGAUGACUUGGAUAGUCCAAAGGAGAUUCUUCCUCCGAAACCUGUGAAGAAGGACAGAGAGCAGAGACCACGCCACUUACUCACGGACCUCCCGCUCCCCCCGGAGCUCCCCGGGGGGGACCCAUCUCCUCCCGACUCCCCAGAACCAAAGGCAGCCACACCACCUCAGCAACCCUUCAAAAAGAGACCAAAAAUCUGUUGUCCUCGGUAUGGGGAGAGGAGACAGACGGAAAGCGACUGGGGGAAGCGCUGUGUGGACAAGUUUGACAUCAUCGGGAUUAUCGGAGAGGGGACCUAUGGGCAGGUCUACAAAGCCAAGGACAAGGACACAGGUGAGCUGGUGGCCCUGAAGAAGGUGCGCCUGGACAACGAGAAGGAGGGAUUUCCCAUCACGGCCAUCCGGGAGAUCAAAAUCCUGCGGCAGCUCAUCCACCGCAGCGUCGUCAACAUGAAGGAGAUCGUCACGGACAAACAAGAUGCACUGGAUUUCAAGAAGGACAAAGGUGCCUUUUACCUUGUGUUUGAGUACAUGGACCAUGACCUAAUGGGGCUGCUAGAAUCUGGCUUGGUACAUUUCUCAGAGGACCAUAUCAAGUCUUUCAUGAAACAGUUAAUGGAGGGUCUGGACUAUUGUCACAAAAAGAACUUCCUUCAUCGAGACAUUAAGUGCUCCAACAUCUUACUGAACAACAGUGGGCAAAUCAAACUCGCAGAUUUUGGACUCGCCCGACUCUACAGCUCGGAGGAGAGCCGGCCCUACACCAACAAAGUGAUCACCUUGUGGUACCGACCCCCGGAGCUGCUGCUGGGGGAGGAGCGUUACACCCCUGCCAUCGACGUGUGGAGCUGUGGCUGUAUCCUCGGGGAACUGUUUACAAAGAAGCCUAUUUUUCAAGCCAAUCUGGAACUGGCUCAGCUUGAAUUAAUCAGCCGGCUCUGUGGGAGCCCCUGCCCAGCUGUGUGGCCAGAUGUGAUCAAGCUGCCCUACUUCAACACUAUGAAGCCCAAGAAGCAAUACCGCCGGCGCCUGCGCGAGGAGUUCUCCUUCAUUCCCUCGUCUGCUCUGGACCUGCUGGACCACAUGCUGACUCUGGACCCUGGCAAACGCUGCACAGCAGAGCAGGCCCUGCACAGUGACUUCCUGAAGGACGUUGACCUCAGCAAAAUGGCACCUCCAGACCUCCCCCACUGGCAGGAUUGCCACGAGCUGUGGAGCAAGAAGCGCCGGCGGCAGCGGCAGAGCGGGAUGGCCGUGGAGGAGCCUCCGGUGGCAAAAGUUUCUCGGAAAGAAACUACCUCUGUUACAAGCACAGACACUGUGAAAAACAACAGCAGUCCUGUGCCCCCCCAGCCUGCCCAGCUCAAAGCAGAGCCUGGGGCUGCAGAUGCAGUAGGCCUCGGGGACAUCACGCAGCAGCUGAACCAGAGCGAGCUGGCCGUGCUCCUGAACCUGCUGCAGAGCCAGACCGACCUGAGCGUGCCGCAGAUGGCCCAGCUCCUGAACGUGCACUCGAACCCCGAGAUGCAGCAGCAGCUGGAGGCCCUCAACCAGUCCAUCACGGCGCUGACCGAGGCCACGGCGCAGCACCACGAGCACCACGAGCCCCCGGCGGCGCCGCCAGAGGAAGCCAUAGAGGAGCCCCCUCCGGAGGUGCCGGAGGAGCAGCAGACUCCGGACGCAGCCAGCGCUCAGGGAGACAUGCAGAACGUGCUGGCGGUUCUGCUGAGUCAGCUCAUGAAGAGCCAGGAGCCCGGGAUCCCAGCCCUGGAGGAGAGCAAUGGGGAGAAGAGCAGCGAGCAGCGGGCGCCCCGGAAAACCCCGACGAGGCACCCGGAGGAGAGCUCAGAGAAGAGACCCCCCGAGCCCCCCGGACCGCCGCCGCCUCCUCCCGUGCCCGAAGGGGAUCUCUCCGGAGCAGCCCAGGAGUUGAAUCCGGCCGUGACGGCUGCGCUGCUCCAGCUCCUUUCCCAGCAGGACACGGAGCUGCCCGGCCACGCCACGCAGGAACCCCCGGCCCCGAGGGACUACGGCCGCUCCCACCCCUCCAGGACUUACAGCGCCGACGGCUCCGAGGGGGGAUUCGGUGCCAAGGAGCCGAACUCGGGCCAGACGCUUCUAGAACCUUCUGCCCAACCCCUGGGGAAAAGCAGGACCUUCUUGGGCUCCGUGAGCCACCUCGGGGAGACCAGCAACUACCAGGGCACGGGAUCGGUGCAGUUCCCAGGGGACCAGGACCUGCGUUUCGCCAGAGUCCCCGUCGGCCUCCACUCGCUCGGGCAAUCCUUCGGCAAAUCCGAGGGGAGCAACAACGCGCUGGGACACCCCGAGGCCAAAAUCCAGAGCUACGGCGAGUUGGGGCCGGGAACGGCCGGUUCCAGCGGGGCAGGGACAGGUCCCAGCUGGGGAGCCCCCACCCAGGCACCGCCUUCCUACGGGAAGGCGUUCCGAGGGCCUGGCAGAGUGCCUCCGAGGGGGGGCCGGGGCCGGGGGGUUCCCUACUGAGCAUUCCCGGGCCCCCCUCCCUCCUUGCCCUCUCCUCCUUCAGCCACAGGACUCGGUUUCCUUUUUGGUUCUUUGGCCAGAGCAAGGUCUUGUCCACAUUUCAGCUGCUGCAGAGCCCCCCCCGUGCAUCCCUCCCUCCUCCCUUCCCUCGGGAUGUGCCGCAGGGUCCCACCCGGGCCGGACCCUCCCGCGCUGGGUUAGUGACAAAAACAGUCCCAGGCUGAGCCAGGGGAGGGGAGGGGGGGGGGGAUUGAUGGAAAAAUAGGAAUGAGAGGAAGAAGGAAGUGAAAUAAUAAAA